UUCCGAAAUACAAAGGUAAUCUGUGAGUUGUUUAUAUUUUGAACUUCGAAGAAUGUUCGGAAGGUUUGUUAGCAGGUUGUGGAGCUAUGGACGUUUGAGGAAUUAUUCAACGGAUGGUGGUGGCAUUAAAUACCAUGGAUUCACGUAUUACCCAAGGUUUCCAGACUUCAAGGACCCACCUUAUGAACCAUCAAAACUUUUUAUGGUGCAACGUGUGAAAGCUCUCAAAGGCCGCCCUUACUGGGAGAAAAAUAUGAUGAAAGAAAUUGGUCUGGCUGGAAAGAGGAGUGAUAUUGUUAUCAUGAAGAACAUACCGGAGAACAACGCUCGCCUUUGGCAAGUGAAACAUCUAAUUAAGAUAACACCCAUUACAUGCCCAAAUGGUCUUCCACCUGAUGGUGACUACAGUGGUACAUACCUUAAGGAAAAUGGUGAAUUCGUAGUUACACCGAAGCUGAAAGUGCCACAAGAACAGGAAACAGCACUUGAGGUUUUUCAGAGUAAGAAGGACAGACUUGAUGGAGAAACCUUGCGGAAACACUUACGGCUUAAAUGGCUGAAUCCUUGGUGACCUGUGAUUGUUUAUUGUUGUAUUAUACUUUUAAGUAAUUAUUAAUUGUAAUAAACAGCUUAUGUCAACUUUGGCAG